AUGUCCGCAUCCAGUCGGGCAUUCAAGCCCGUUCUUAAACCACUUUUGCAUGCAUGCAAGAUGUCCGCCGUGACUGCAACCUUGACACCAUGCGUAGAGACCUUUAACAGUAGUAUGACUACAAGUGGUAAAGAGAAUAUGCGUGAGUUAACAGGCGAACAAGUAUAUUUAAGAAGCGAGCAUCAUAACAACGCCUGGAAAGAGCCAAACCAUAUAGAACAAGAACUCAAUAGUUUGCGGCAUUUUUCGCAAGACCAGAACCCCCCAUUCUUUGAGGUCAAGGCUUUUCCGCAACUAUUACAAUUCGUGUAUAUUGUAGUAGACUCCUAA